AUGAAGGUUUCAGUUACAGGUCAAGGAGGUCGUUACAUUGUAGGCGCCGUCGACAAUCGUCAAUAUAUACAUGUUGACAAUGUUUCCACUGUGCCAGAAGAUAUUCCAAAGAAUUGCGUGAAAGAUACUUUACAUAAAGAAGAUGAAAACUUUUGGGACAGAAAUAAAGUGAAAUUAUUACUAACACUUUGUUUAGAAAACAGAUUCAAUAGUCAAGACAAAGACAAGAUUGCAUGGAACGAAAUCGCGUUACUUGUUGGCACCACACCCGAGGAAUGUGACAAAAAAUAUAGGAACUUACGAAGGACUUAUAUAAGACUAUUGAAGAAGAAGAGACUCGGAAAAGAUAUAAAAUGGGUCCAUUACAAUAUUUGUGAAGAAGUGUUUAAAGAUUGUAAGUCACUGUCACCAUCUAUAUUUGAACCUUGGGAGGAUUCUAAAGUGAGGAGGCUGCUGAGUCUGUAUAUUGAAAACAUUAAUAAAUUUAGAAACCCAGAUUGCCUUCAGAAAGAUAUUUGGAAAGAAAUCGCUUGUCUAUUGAAUACAACAGAGUACAACUGCUACCAUAAGUUUAAAAAUUUAAAAAGAACAUAUUUUAAUUGGGUUGAAAGGAGUCGAGAAUCAGGUAAGCUUAUUAAAUGGCCGUACCAUCAUUACUUUGAAAGAAUAUAUUUUAAUUACAAUCCUAACUUGGGUCCGUGGGACAGAAACAAGAUCAGGCUACUCAUCAAUGCAUAUUCAGAAUUGGCUCAUAAAUUUAAGAAUCCCAAGUAUCAGAAGAAAGAACUCUGGAAAGAUAUUUCUAAGAAAGUGAAUGAAACUCCCAGCAACUGUGACAGGAAAUUUAGAAACUUGAAGCAGACUUACAUCAGAUUAAAAAUGAGAGCAGACACUGGCCGGGCCGUCACCAAGUGGAGAUACUAUAAAGACUUUGUGGCUAUAUUUGAACACAACUGCUGCUCUGUGUUGGAUGAUGGACACAGUGUAGUGUAUAAGACAUUGGAACAGGAUUAUGUGAAACAACUGCUCAACUUCUACUUAGAAAAUAAAAACAAAUUCAGAGAUCCUUUGGUUAAGAAAAAAACCCUUUGGAAACAGAUCGGUCCCAAACUAGGGCUGUCCCCUGAAGAGUGUGAUAAGAAGUUUAGAAAUCUCAAACAGACCUACAUUAGACUAGCUGAAAAACUCAAAGAAACAGGGAAAGGGAAUGGCUGGCCUUAUUAUGGUUACUUUGAACAAAUCUAUGAUGAACCGGGCUCUGGAGGAAGAGAGUGUCAUCACAAGUGUGACUUGGACACCACGACUGUGACAGAAAUAAGAAAGCUGGUCCACGAGCACGGGCUUAAAGAUAGAGACAAGUUUGAUAGACUGGUGAGGGUCAUAGAAGACUCCAACAACAUACAGAGGGAGAGGAACAGGAUCCUACAGGCCUUACUGGAUAGGAGAUAA